CGCACUCUCACUUAACCUCCACACACUGCUUGACGGGAAGUUUCUUAAAACACUUGGAGAGAGAGAAAAAAGCCCAACAUCAUCCAAAUGACAGCUCCUCGGACUCAACGUCUCCUCUGACAACCACGUCGAGGUCUUGUUAUUUGACUUUCUGCUUCCGCGGCGGAGCGCAAACUGAGGAGUUACCCAAAGUCCCUGACACUCCGGCGAUGGUGACUUUACGCACUGGGAUUUGAAGGCUUGCUCGAACUGAACCGACUCCCCGUUGUUUUGGUCCCGGCGAAGCUCUUGUCACCGUCACGUCGACAAGUCUGCGGCUUUCGGCCCGAAAAGAGACGCAGCGUGGAAUCGAGCAAGUGGAUCCAGGUGACGUUCAUGCCUUUUAAAGCCAUCCACAAGUGAGAAGAGGGUGUCGGAGUUGAAGUCUCUUAUUUCCAAUGAUGUCUUCCAUGCGAACAACGCCUCCCUUUCACUCACCGUCGGAGGAAGAGGAAGCGACAGGUCAGGACACCGCCGCCUGGGCCAAGCACGAGCGAGAAGGCCCGAAGGAGACGGCGUCGCCCUCUUCGCAUGACCAACCCCACCCGGACGGGCUGCAGCCAAUCAAAGAGAAGACGUCGGAUAUCGAGUGGGAAAGCGUGGGUCCUGCCGCGAUGGACAACGAAAGCAAUAAGGGCUGCUCAGUCUACCCCUACCAGACCAACUCUACCUCUCCACACAAGCCGGAGGAGGGCUCCAGGGAGCGCGGCGAGCCCAUGAUGGGCGUCGCAUUCGGGACGCCGGAGCGCCGCAAGGGCAGCCUGGCGGACGUGGUGGACACGCUGAAACAGAAGAAGCUCGUGGAGCUGACAAAGACGGAGCAAGACGAACCGUCUUGCAUGGAGAGGCUGCUCACCAAAGAGUGGAAGGAGCGUGUUGACUGCCUGAAUGCCAAUGAACUGCUGGGGGAGGUCAAAGGUACGCCAGAGUCCCUCGAGGAGAAGGAGCACCAACUUUCCACCAUGAUCGGUCAGCUCAUCAACCUGCGAGAGCAGCUCCUCGCCGCCCAUGACGAGCAGAAGAAGAUGGCCGCCUCACAGCUGGAGAAGCAGAGGCAACAGAUGGAGCUGGCCAGGCAGCAGCAGGAGCAGAUUGCCAGACAGCAGCAGCAGCUCCUGCAGCAGCAGCAAAAGAUCAACAUUCUCCAACAACAGAUCCAGGUCCAGGGUCACAUGCCUCCGUUGAUGAUCCCAGUGUUUCCUCAUGACCAGCGGUCCUUGGCUGCUGCCGCUGCUGCACAGCAAGGCUUCCUCUUCCCACCGGGCAUGUCCUACAAGCCAGCAGGUGAUAAUUACCCCAUGCAGUUCAUUCCAUCUACAAUGGCAGCUGCGGCGGCAUCUGGACUCAGCCCGUUACAACUGCAGCAGCUGUAUGCAGCCCAGCUGGCAAGCAUGCAGAUCUCACCAGGAGCCAAGAUGGCUCCCCACCCACAAGCUCCGCACUCCUCCGGUCCCCUCUCCCCCUCCGCCCUGAAGAGCGAGAAGCGGGCAUCCAGUCCCAUCACCCAGAUUAAGGAGGAAGGAUCCACGCAGCCAUUGAACCUCUCAGCCAGACCGAAGACAGCCGAGUCUCGCCGCUCCCCGACGUCCCCGUCACAGAGUCUGUUCUCUGGAAACAAGACCAGCCCUACAGGCAUGGGCAAAGGCCGCAUCCCCAGCCCCAACCCCAACAUGGGCAGGAACAGCUCUCUUGACAUCCUGUCCAGCCUCAACUCCACGGCGCUGUUUGGGGACCAGGACGCAGUGAUGAAGGCCAUCCAAGAGGCCAGGAGCAUGCGGGAGCAGAUCCAGAGGGAGCAGCUCCACCACCACCAGCAGCAGCAGCAGCAGCAGCAGUCGGGACACCACAGUCUGGAGGCCAAACUGUCCGCCCUCAGCGGCAUGACCCUCAACAACGGCAACAAGGAGAGGCUGCACUAUGAGACGCUGAGCCAGCACCUGGGGAAGCUCGGGGAGGAUGCUGGGAAAAUGGUCCACCGAGUCAUUGACCUGACGAGACCAGAAGACCUGGACGGGAACAGCAUCACCGAGGCGCGGGUGUUCAGGGAGGCGCGGGGCAGGAACAACAACGAGCCCCACAUCAAGAGGCCCAUGAACGCCUUCAUGGUGUGGGCCAAAGACGAGCGGAGGAAGAUCCUGCAGACCUUCCCCGACAUGCACAACUCCAACAUCAGCAAGAUCCUAGGCUCUCGCUGGAAGGGCAUGACCAACCAGGAGAAACAGCCGUACUACGAGGAGCAGGCCCGCCUCAGCAAGAUCCACCUGGAGAAGUACCCCAACUACAAGUACAAGCCGCGGCCCAAGAGAACCUGCAUCAUCGACGGCAAGAAGCUGCGCAUCGGCGAGUACAAGCAGAUGAUGCGGUCAAGACGUCAGGAGAUGAGGCAGUUCUUCGUGGGGCCGCAGCCGCCGAUUCCUCUCGGCAACAGCCCGGGUGGCGUGGGAGUCUACCCUGGCGCCAUAACCAUGGCGACGACAGCCACGCCAUCCCCACACCUGACCUCAGACUGCUCCAGCAACUCGGCCAGCCCCGAGCCCGUCCCUGUCAUUCAGAGCACGUACGGGGUGAAGCCCGAGCCCGGCGGUGGCGGAGGCAGCAACGGCGGUGGCGUGGGAGCCUUGGACCUGGCCAGCGAUCCCACCAACGGAGACGAUGACAUGGACCUGUACGAGGACUUUGAGGACGAGCCCAAGUCAGACUAUAGCAGUGACCACGAGACACGGGAGGCCGUCAGUGCCAACUGAGUGUGCUCAGAGGGUCAGUUGUAAAAAUAAAAUCCAAAAUAAGACUAAAUGAAAAACCCGUUAUACUCAGAAACACUUCUUCAACACAUAGUUUAUUACAGAGACCUUCGGGCAAACUGUCAGGACAUGUAUCGUCGCGCACCGAGCACGCCCUGACGGGAUUGUUAAAACUCAGCGGACAUGCUCGGAAAGUUUAGUGGCGGGCGUCCAUUGGAAGAGAACGCCACCUGAACAGACACUCAGACACCCAGCUGACUGCCAACUUGGGCUUUCCUUCACGUUGACAAUCUGAGCAGGAGCGAACCGGAGAGUUGGAAGAGGGCAAGAGAGAGAAUGGGAGAGAAUGGGACGAAGAACUAAUGAACGACAAACCCACUCGCUGUGUGGUUUGUAAAGAGCAUGCGUGGAUCUUGAAGCAUCAGAGAUUGGUCUUCAACAGCUAUUUGGUCUUAAAUGUUUAAGGAGUGACUUAGCUUUUAUCAUUAUGUAUUUACAUUUUUGAGUUUUCCUUUUGUUUUGUUUUUUUCCCCGUUGUGUUUUUUGUUCUAUAGACUUUUUCUGACAGGUCACUGCCUGUACAAACUCUGGACUGUCGGAACUUGAAAUUUGAAAAGUUUUAAUAUAAAUCCUAGCUCUUGUAAUCUUAUAGUCUUACUUUUUUUGUUCCUUAAAAAUACAGUGCAUCGA